AGUUAACUCUUAAAGAUCACUAUAUAGCUAUUUUAAAACUUCCAUUUUAUUAGAGUUUUACUUUUGGAGCUAUUAAUAUCUGAAGUUCCAAGUUCUAAUAUUUACUUUACCUAUUAAUAUCUGGCUGAUUUCCAUGCUUUUUGGCACUCUUCAGAGACUAUCAAUUAACUAGAGAAUUUCAAUCAGCCUGUGGCACUACCCUUAGGAUACCAAGAGGAUAUCAGAGCUUUGUCAUACUUAGGUUUGUUUGAGUUGGCUUUUCCAGUGGCUACUUUAUCUCUUAUACUCAUCAGAAGGUGCUUUCCUCCAACAUCAUAACCUGCUUUCUUCUCCUGGUGAACUUUUUUGUGGGACCAUGAUGCUAGCCCUGCUUCAGAACUGAGCUAGGAAAAUGAUACUAGAACAUGAAAUGGAAAUCUCUAUAGGUCUUUACCCCUACCCUGUUUUUGAGAAAUUCUCUUCAAUCUGACCAACUUUCUAUAUUUUCUGUCAUACCAAACUACACUCAUUCAUGUUAAUUAUGCAAAGAAAAAGAUUUGGUGCUUCUUAAGAGCUUCUCCAUGUAGUACCAAAGCUGUUCUGUUUAGCACUCAUGGUAACUUCACGUCCUCCUCCAAUCUCUUAAACAUUUCUUGAAGUAGAAAACUUUCUUCUGAACACUUCUCACUUUACCCAGGUAUUGAAGGGAUUAGAGGCAGGAAUUGUGAGUCCUGUGGCCUCAUUUUAGAGGUCUGGAGAGUCAUUCAAACAAGGCAAAGAAAUAUUGUAGAAGGCAAAGAAGUAAAAAUGUGCCUUCCAUGGUAGCAAUUGAUACUCCCCAGAAGCUGCUAGCCUCGGUGCCUUACAAUCAAGCUCUGUUUCUGAUCUAACUCACCCUUGUGAGUGCUGACUGCCCCUAGUAAUGGAAGAUAGUGAGCAGGCCUUGGUCUCAGCUCUUUAACCAAUCUGUUAUUGAGAAGUAGAGGCUGCAGUAAAGGACAUGUUGGUCUGAGCAGUUGCUCUCUGAGGCCAACGUAGUACGCAGGUUACUUGAUGCUUUCUCGUUCUUUCUUUUUCCUGCAUCCCAAAACUUUUGACAGAAGUAUGUUUUAAGGGCAAGUCAAAGACUUGGGAACUACACACAUUGGCCUUUGCAUGCAUACACACACUUUCUAUUUUAUUUGUAGUAUUGCUUAUCAGUAAACCCAUCACCUUUUGGGGAAGGCAUUGGAAAUGCCAUGCCUAUUUAAUUCUCUCUACCCCAACCCUCAAGUGAUUAUUUUCCCCUUCUGAAUUCUGUAUUUGUGUGUCAGUGCUAUCACCACUCACUCAGUUUGUUGUUGAGUUGUUUCAGUAGGAUCUGACUCUUCAUGAACCCAUUUAGAGUUUUCUUGGCAAAGAUACUGCAGUGAUUUGUCAUUUCCUUCUCCAGCUCAUUUGACAGAUGAGGAAACUGAGUUUCCCUAAACCUGAAGAUGCUAAAUUAUCUUGUGAAACAAAGAAAAUGGAAGUUAAUAAAGAGGAAGAUUAUCAACUUGGAAUCACCACAGAAAUAAUAGGAUGUACUAAGAAAAUAAUGUUUUCUGAUUUACAAAAUCUACAGCUAAGGAAAACUAUGGAAAUAAAGGGUACAGUUACUGAAUUCAAGCAUCCAGGUGAAUUUUAUGUACAGAUCUGUACUUCAGAAGUUUUAGAAUAUAUCAGAAAACUUUCUACAAGCUUAAAAGAAUCAUAUAUGAAUAUGGUGCCUCAAGAAGAAUACAUCCCUAUUAAAGGGGAAAUCUGUGUUGCCAAGUACUCUGUGGAUCAGACCUGGAACAGAGUAAUAGUACAAGAUGUUGAUGUUCAGCAAAAGAAAGUACAAGUUUUGUAUAUUGAUUAUGGAAAUGGAGAAGUUAUUCCAACAAGCCAAAUUCAGCAACUGAACAAAAAUAUUGAAUUGUUUCCCCCCUGUGCCAUAAAGUGCUUUGUUGCCAGUGUAAUCCCAGCAGAAGGAAGUUGGAAUAAUGACUGUACCAAUGCUAUUAAACCCUUAAUAGUAGAGCAGUAUUGUUCUUUUAAAAUUCUUGACAUAUUACAAGAGGAAAUGAUUUCUUUUGCUGUUGAUGUUUUGCUUCCAGGUUCUGGAAAACACUUAGACUAUGUACUUUUGGAAAUGGGGUAUGGUUUGAGAUCCAAGGGACAAAAUUCUAAGAUGCAAAGUUCAGAUAAAAGUGAUUUUGAAGAUCUUGGAGAAAAAACAAGCAAAGAUAAAACACUGGCUGAGUGUAAGAGUAAUCUGAUUCCAAAAGUGUUAUCCUUAAAUGUUGGAGAUGAAUUUUGUGGUGUUGUUGCCCAUAUUCAAACUCCAGAAGACUUCUUUUGUCAACAGCUGCAAAGUGGCCGUCAGCUUGCUGAACUUCAAUUAUCUCUCAGCGAGUAUUGUAAUAAAAUGUCUACCCAAUCUGACUUUUAUCCAGCCAUUGGUGAUAUCUGUUGUGCACAGUUCUCAGAGGAUAACCAAUGGUAUCGUGCCUCAGUUCUGGCUUAUGCUUCUGAAGAAUCUGCUUUAGUUGGCUACGUAGAUUAUGGAAAUUUUGAAAUCCUUGACUUGAAUAGACUUUGUCCCAUGGCACCAAGAUUACUGGAAUUGCCAAUGCAGGCCAUAAAGUGUAUCUUGGCAGGAGUGAAACCAUCAUCAGGAAUCUGGUCUCCAGAGGCAAUUUGUCUUAUGAAAAAAUUAAUACGAAAUAAAAUGAUUACAGUGAAAGUUGUAGACAAGAAGGAAAAUAGUUCUGUAGUGGAGCUCAUAGAUAAGUCCGUUAAACCCAGCAUCAAUGUUUCUAAAAUCCUCAUAGAAGCCGGCUUUGCUGUAGGAGAAGGCAUGAUAUUGACAACAGAUUUAUCCAAUGACUUAAGAGAAAUUAAUGCCCCCUUAACUGCUGAAGAAACAGUAAAUAAAUUUGAAUGGACUUGGGUUGAACUAGCUAUUAAUGAGACUGUAAAUGUUGUGGUUUGUAUGUUAUAUAAUCCUGGAGAGUUCUAUUGUCAUAUACUUAAAGAAGAUGCUUUAAGUGGAUUAAAUGAAGUGAACAGGUCUCUAGCAGAAUACUGCCAACAAAAAAUGACCAAUGAUUUUAAACCUGAAAUUGGAGAGCCUUGUUGUGCUUAUUUUACAGAUGAUGGUAAUUGGUAUCGUGCUUUAGUAAAGGAGAUAUUACCAAAUGAAACUGUUAAAGUGCAUUUUGUGGAUUAUGGAAAUAUUGAAGAAGUUACUGCUGAUAAACUUAGAAGGAUGUCUUCCAAGUUCUUAAAACUUCCAUUUCAAGGAAUCCGAUGCUGGCUAGUAGAUAUAAAACCUAGAAACAAGCAUUGGAGUAAAGAAGCCACAGCAAGAUUUCAGAUGUGUGUUGCAGGGAUAAAACUUCAGGCUAAGGUGGUGGAUCUCACAGAUAAUGGUGCUGGAGUUGAACUCACUGACCUUUCUACUUCUUAUCCAAAAAUUAUAAGUGAUAUACUUAUUGGUGAACAUUUGGUUUUAAAAGAUGAACCACCAUGUAAAGAUACACAAAAUAACAAAUCUGUUAAUAAAAUUGACUUGCCAUUUGAUCCUGAUGUGCUUCAAGCUACCUCUUCUGAGCAGUGGAAGACAAUAGAAUUUCCAGUUGAUGAAAUUGUACCAGCUUGUAUACUAGAAAUAAUAAGUCCAAGCUUGUUUUAUGCAUUACCAAUUGAGAGUAGAGCAGACCAAGAAAAAUUAAAUUUGAUGACAGUUAAAUUAACAGAACAUUGCAAUACUCAGAAAAAUAGAGUACUCUUUAAACCAAGAAUUGGAGAUGUGUGCUGUGCCAGAUUCACAAGUGAUAAUUAUUGGUACCGGGCUAUAAUUCUGAAGGUCUCAGAAUCUGAGGUGAAAGUACUCUAUGCUGACUAUGGAAACAUUGAAACUUUGCCUUUUUCUCGGAUUCAGCCAAUCACUACCAGCUACUUGGAACUUCCUUUUCAAAUAAUUAGGUGCUCAUUUGAAGGAAUAAUGGAAUUGGAUGGGGAUUGGUCUCCAUUAGUAAUAGAGCUAUUAAAAAAACUCAUGUUGAAUCAGAAUGUCAUGGUUUCAAUAAAAGGAAUCAUUAAGAAUGUCCAUGCAGUGUCUGUUCAGAAACGUUCUGAAAAUGGUAUUAUUAACAUAGCUGAUAAGCUAGUGAUGGAAGGUCUGGCAAAGCAUAUCACAACUAAAAAUCAAAGUGUUUUGAAUAAAGGACAGACUGAUUGUUGCUGCAUAGAGUUAAGGAAACAAGUGGAAAAACAUGAACAGAUACUACUUUUCCUCUUAAAUAACCCAACAAAUCAAGAUAAAUUUACUGAAAUGAAAAAGUUGCUAAAAAUAAAAUAAUUGACCAAAACAAGAGAGUGCUGUGGUGAUUAGGACACAAGUGGUACUGCAACCUGGCUGUCAUGUCAUCUCUUACAACUGGUGGAACUAUUACUGUGAAUACAUAUACCAAUAUAAAAUGUAUUUUCUUUUGUUUAAUCAUGUGGAAAGGUGGAAACUUCUAUUGUACAUCAAAUAUAAAGCCAUAGUGAUGGCAUAAUGGAAUUAUUUUCUAACUGCAUGGAAGAUCUGUCAAAUUAUAUAAGCUGCUUCACUUAAACAAAACUGAUUUCUAUUCAGGUAUGCUUAGUUUAUUUUAUGCUCAAAAUAUGGAGGAAAAUGAAUAAUUUGAGAACCAUAAUAAGUGAGCCUAUUGUAUAAUGCAUACAUAAGGGCUGCUGAUUUUCUGUUUUAUCAGAAAUGUAGUCACUAUAAGAAAAAACACUUUAAGAUGGGAAAUAGAAAUGGCUAGCAAUAGGAUAUAGUGGAAUUAAGCAGUAGAGAGCCUAGACUCAUUUAGGAGAGAAAAUAAAGAAUCUUUGUAUUCUGAAUUUUUCUUUCCUUCCCCUCUACUUUUCUGUACUGGUUUCCCUUCACACAGCUUACUCCAGCCACCCUCCUUUAUUUCCCCUUAUUGGUAAAAUGCUAAUUUAUGCUUUUUUCUUCCUAGAACAUUGGCUUAUAUAAUGUAUACUCCCUCCCUGACCCCUUUAUCAUACCCCUAGUUCUCCCCAUCUCUUUCAAUCCAGUUCCAACUCUAAAUUGACAUGGUUUUUUUCAAUGGCAUUGUCAUAUAGCAUCUUUACCAUCAUUUUCUCUUUUUCAAACCUAUAGCCAUUCCAUUAAUGGUAAUGAUGUAGAAUUUGAUUCCAAAUAGCAUUUACUAAGUUCUGAAACAGAAAAGCAGUUGUCCUGAUAAGGGUACAAAUUUCUAGCCCAGUGUAGAGGAUUUUAAAAGUUUCCAUGAAAACAAAGACAUGUUAAAGAUGUCCCAGAUUCAUAUCCUGUCAAUGCAACUCAGUUUUGAGAAUUGUACUUCGAAUUUUCUCCUUAUACUCCAUUACAAUUUUGGAAAAGUCAAGUCAUGAAUUCAUUUUAAAAUCUAUUCAGAUUUGGAUCUCACAGACUUUUCUCCCCUUUAUUAUCAUUAAUCUUCAAUUUUUAUUAUACAUUGAAUAUUAUAAUUUUUCAAGCAAACAUUAUUUUUCUUUUUUACCAGAUAUUAAAACUCUGCCAUUUUGUAGUUGGCCUUAUAUCUCUUCUCCAAACAGACUGUCCUACUUAUUACCAUGGACCAAUAUUUUAAUUUCCUUUUGUUACUUAAAAAUAGCUUGAAAAUAGGUUUUUUUCUGUUGUGUUUACUAUUCAUACAGAUUCCAGCUAAAAAUAUUUCCUGAAGCAUCAGUGAGAUAUGAAAGCAGUUGAAAACACAGAAUCUUAAACUUGGGUUUCUUGUACAAGAGAGGGAGAAAAAAACUCAAAAAAUAGUAAAAACUUUAAUAAAUUAGAAAUCUUUCUACUUAAAACACCAUGGUAGCUUAAAAGAUUUUGCUUUAUACUUAUAUUCCUUACCCAAAAGAUUUUGCCUCUCCCUUUGUACUUAAUAGUAUAUUAAAAAGUGACUUAUAUAAAAAGCUGAACAAUAUAGUUCUUCAUCUACUUUUUUCCCUCAAGGAGUUCAAAUCACAGGGGGAAAAUAUGAAAAAAAAAAUCUUUCAAAACAAAGUUAACCGUGGAAGUGGAUUAGCAACACAUACUAAUAGCACAAAAUAAGUGUUGUAUUCUUUCAAAUACAAGUCAAAUACCAUUAUGUCACACUUAAAAGGAGUGUACAUCUUAUUUUGUUGUACUGGAAUUUAGUUGUAUGGAAUAUUGCUUGAAAUAAGUGAAGCUUGGUAAUUUCUUGUUAUCUAGCUAUUUUGUUAUAGUGGUUAUUUUUUGAAAUGACAAUUGACCUCUACCAGUAGAGUUUUGGUUUGAAUUUUCUGUAAAAGAUCACUUUUGAUCUUAGUAUUCAUUUCUCUGUGAAGAAUUUUUAUAGAGGGUAACAAGUGAUAGACAAGUCUGUCCCUCCUGCUAACUUUUAUGCUUGUUCUACAUGCUUAUGUUUCAAAUGCUAUUGAAUCCACAGUAUUGUUGGAGUAAAUUACUGUGUAACUAGUGCCUAGAAAUCAUAAUUUUGUUUUGACUUGUAAUUAUUUCUUUACUCCUUGAUUUUGAUGAUAACUUUUGUUAACUUUAAAAAAACUUUAAUGUACUCAGUGUCAUUAAAUGUUCUACUAAUGUU